UUCGGCUCUGCUCGCUUCGUCUGGUACGCAGGUGCAUGCAAAAGCGUCAGUUACAUGCGUAAAGACGUGUGUUCCCCUUGCCGCGAACGGAAAGUAAAAUGUGAACUGCUUUCAGAUACCGGACCUUGCAGGACCUGUAUCGAUAGAGGGAUAUCAUGUGCCGGACCCGUUCCCACCCAAGUGAAGAAGAAACGUCUACAAGAAUUUACAAGUACUUUCGAUGUUCCCUUCAACGAGCCAGCAUCGUUUGUUGUGGGGGGACAAAUGCAAGAAGCAUUUCCUUCUACGUCUUGGCCAUUGCCUCCAAUACUGUUCAUUCCUAAGCCAUGGGCAGAAGCACCGUCAGCUCCAGUGGUCCUUGACUAUUACACCAAUCAAGCUUCACACGCUUGGUCGCGUGGUCCCGAUCAAGGUCUGGCGUCUAGUCUUCUGCCGAUGAUCGAUGCAUCGUCUUCCAAACAAGCCGACCAGCAGUCAUUCCCAGAAUGGGGUCUAAUUUCAGACAAUCCAACCAUUACACCCCUGCUUUGUUCAAGGUGUGGAGCACCUUUUGGAAGUUCUUCCUGAUUCUUUGCUUUGGGCAGCACACAUCUAUGUUUGAAGAUAUUUAAUUGCCAAAAGUCUUGCAAAGCCUAUUCUUUUAAAAUAUACUGCAAUGGAUCCAGCCUAUUUGUUGUAUCCCUGGAUGACGAAUGUCUCUGCUCUUGUGCUCUUCAACAAACUUUUUUUAAUAUUUCUAUCUGGAAUAGAGAGAUUCCUUCCCCAUUCACCACUUUGCAUUACU